GACAUGGCCGAUUCAGGCCAAAUUUUAUGAAAAGUCUCGAACAUAAGCCACUUUUACUCCAUAAUUGUCUGUUUGAUUUCGAUUUUAAUACAGUCUACAGACGUGCUGCUAAAAGGCAUAUCACAGGUUCAGAAAGAUAUACGAUGGGAUGCAUUCAGAGCUGCACUGAAAAUUCUAACCAUGCCAGGCGAACGGCUCAACAGCAGUAUGCAGUUAACCAACAGUUCCAGGCACAAGCACCGGCAGAAACGAUAGACGAAACUCUGCCCCCUCUGGUUGUCAAGAAUGAAACAACUAAUUUAAACAGGGGGAUCCUUCAGGGGAAGGUGAUCACUGUGACUGAAUCUGCCGGUCUUCUCUCAACGCUGAAAGACCCUGAAGCUGAGCCUCUCGUGUUCAUGGUGCCUGUCGAUAACAACCUACUCUUGGUCAAGGUCAAGAUUGUUCAUCUUGACUGCUGCUUCAACAAAACUGUAUGGUGUUACUCGACGGUCGGAAUGGAGAGGGUCGGACAACAGGAGCUGGUCUUCACACUUGAAUACAUGAAUGCUGAUACUGUGAUUCCUAGGGAUAUGUUUGAUUUCUUUCGACUGGUGUUUGGGGAAGCAAUUAAAGGCAAUAUCGUCCAUCAUCUUGGCUUCACUCACCUCGGUGGAGCAAGUUUCCUUGGAAGUAUCGACCACAUUGGUUUCCUUUAUACUCAGCCAUCAUUCCAGUGUGUGAAGAAGCUGAUGUUACCUGCUGCUCCAAAGAUCCCACUGUUCCUCAUACUUGUACAUAGAGCAGAAAUACCAAUUCUACGCAAUAUCCCCCUUCGACUCAUGACAAGACUGGGAUUAAAAGACAGAUACUAUCCAUGUUCUCUCGUGAGCAAGCGGUUCCGUGAUCCAGUCUUUAUCGGUGUGACAAAUACCACGCUUAGCAUGUUCUGUGAUUUCGAAAACUUUACCUACGGGUUCCCGUUCGUCCCCCAGAGUUCAGUCUUGAUUGAAGAAGAUGAGAAAGUGACUGUGUCGUUGCCAAUUGACAAGUACCAUCGAGUCUUGGAUAUUUUGUCGAAGUUUUGUAGUACCCCGGGUGGUGUGUUGCCGAUCGGCGCUGACUUCCACCUGCAGGCGGAUUCACAUCUGACGGUCAUUCAAACGGCGACUGGGUAUACACCUACUGGGAUUAGCAAGAUCUUGGAUAAUCCGGAGGGAGGACGCAGACAGACUGGUGCCACUUUCAUUGUGUUCAUUGGCCACUCUCCUGAUGGUUAUGACGUCCAAUCCAGAAUAUUUGAAGAUGGCAUCAUCGUCUUUCUAAAACCGGAGGUCAUGUCAGAUCUCACUGAGGCACUACAAAAUCACAAAAGUUACACGCUGACUUGUGACAUGUUCGACAAACCGGAAGGGGGCCUACAUUCUGGAAAAACUAUUGAAGUACAAUGGACACAACCAAGAACUUAUAUUGACGACAUUAUGCAAGUUUCUGGAUGCCAUAUUCAUGAAAAUUCAAACUCAAAUGGACUAACUUCGGAAGAUUUGGCCAAUAUUGGAUUUGAAGUGCCUGAUUUUUAGAUUUGUGAUUUCAGUUGUAAAAAGAUAUUGUAUUUGCAGUUUUGGUCUCUUGCUGUGUUAUGGUGAUUAUAGAAGUGAUUUUAUUCAACACAUUUUAUUUUCCACCUGAAAUAUCUUGACAUUUCCGUGAUAUCGGUGUUUUGAACAAUUCACAGGGAAGGGAGAAGAUGUUUUGUCACAAGCUUGUUUCUGUUUUAAAAACACAAAAUGUAUGGCAGUUUAGUUCAAUUUUCUUGAGAGAAGGUCAAAGUGAAAAGGAACAAAAGCCAAUUACAGUAUAAUGUAUAACAGUAUAAUGGAAUAAUGUUUUAUUCACUAGGGUUUAAAGGACAUUUGACAAUGACAAAGUCUGUCAAUGAUUUUUUCAGAUUUUAGCUCCAUUUUUAACAAAAAUGAAUAACAAGCUGUGUCUUGAUGUUGAUGUUAGUUUAGCAUCAAGUAAUGUGAUGUCCUUGGAUGGCGUUAAAAUCUCAUGAAUCUUUUUGGUACUCCCAUCAGAAUCCUCUGAACACUGUUUGAAACAUUAAAUAGGUCUAGGAUUACAAAUGUGAUGUUUUAUCAGAUGAGUAACGGUAUAAUCUGAUAAAAUCCUGCAAUUCCAAAAUUCUUUUAUUUCUCGGAGUGUUUGUUGAAUUUCCUGCAGACUUUAGAAGAGAAAUAUGUUUCUAGCACCCUUGUGUGCUGGAUUAGGCAAGCUGUUUAUCUGAACUUGUUAAGUUGUGUUCAUCACUUUAUCAAAAAUUCAUGCGAUAUUUUAGCCUUAUGGUCGUUUUAUGCCAUACUUCAAAAUCAUGAGAAUAGUAUUACAGAAAUAUUGUGUCCAGUGUGAUCAAAGUUUAUAUGUUAGGUGUUUGAAAAGAAAAGUUAUUUGAACAUAGUGCUUCAUAGCACUUCAAAGCGCUUCAUGGUUGCCUUACCAUAGCUGCUGCAUUCAAAACGAGGCUUCGUUGGCACAGAGUGCGUUUCAACAGUAAAGUGCGGUUCAUUCUAGUAAAUCCGGGUGUUUUAGAAUUGUGAACUUAUCAGUCAGGACUUUUCGCCCAAUGGAGCUAUAUUAACAGCCCAAUAGGGCCGAAUCGGUAGAUGUCGUCUUGGGUAUACCUAAACAUUACCCAGGAUCAACCUGGGUAAUCCUAAAAGUUACCCAGGAUCGUCCUGGGUAACUUUUAGGACACUAAAGAUUACCCAGUUUGAAAAUCGCACAUUUUUAGCUCACCUCUUAGCAGAGGUGAGCUUAUCCCAUACCGUGGCGUCCGUCGUCCGUCGUCGUCGUCGUCGUCGUCGUCGUCGUCGUCGUCGUCGUCGUCGUCGUCGUCGUCCGUUAGCAGGGCACGUUUCGUAACUGUUAGAGCUAUUGAGUUGAAACUUGGUACACAUGUACCCUUAUGUAAUGACACCUUGGAGACCAAGUUUCGGUCCGAUUCGUUUCAUGGUUUGGCCACCAGGGGGCCAAACGUUAAAAGUGAAAAUAUGCCAUAAAAAUAUGGUAGGUACUUCUAGCAAAGGUGCAUCAUAUAUCCUCCGGGUUUUUGAUUUGACCUCCUUUUCAAGGUCACAGAGGUCAAAUGGUGUAAAUUGGCCGUUAGGAUGUAACGAUGGCACGUUUCUAAACUGCAAUGACUAUUGAUACCAAAUUUGGUACACAUUUACCCCUUAGUCAGGUGAUCUCAGGGACCGAAGUUUGGUCCAAUAUGAUUCACCACUUGACCACCAGGGGGCAAAAUCCAAAAACCUUAAAAAUGCGAUUAUUCCUUAACUUCUUGCCCGAUUGCCACCAAUUUGAUAUCAUGGGUACAUCUAACCACCAUGCAGUAUAUGUCACACAGGUUUUUAAUUUGACCUUCUUGUCAAGGUCACAGAGGUCAAAUGGCGUAAAUUCGCCGUCAGGCCGUAACUAUGGCACGUUUCUUAACUGCAAUGACUAUUGAUCACAAAUUAAGUACACAUGUACCCCUUGGUCAGGUGAUCUCAGGUACCGAAGUUUGGUGCAAUCUGAUUUGCCGUUUGGCCUCCAGGGAGGGGGCCAAAUCCUAAAUUCUUCAAAAUGCCAUUAUUCCUAGUAAUGACUUGCCCGAUUGGCACCAAUUUUAUAUCAUAGGUACAUCUAAUUCUAACAACCAUUCAAUGUGUCACCCGGGUCUUCUUUGAUUUGACCUACUUUUCAAGGUCACAGAGGUCGAAUGUACUGUAAAUUGGCCAUUUUGGGGAAAUUGUAAUUGCUUGGACCUACAUCAAACCUAACACUACAUGACACAAUACCAUGCUCUUUAUCCAUCUUUCCUCCACAUGAGGUGAGCACAAUGGCCCUGGCCAUUUCAUUUCAACCUGUGGGCGAGGUUGAAAUUGGUAUGUUUUCAGUGCAGCAAGACACGAAAUCAUGUGCUCUGGCGACAUUCAUGACAUUGAUCUGUUUUGCCACCUCGCGGAGUUUAAAUUCACCAUUCAUGACUUCAAUCAAUUUCUUUUUUAUUUCUCUACCUUUAGAUUCGAAAAUUGGCGCGAAGUUACUCAGGACGAUCCUGGGUAACUCUUAGGAUUACCCAGGUUGGUCCUGGGUAAUGUUUAGGUAUACCCAGGACGACAUCUACCGAUUUGGCACCAAUGGGGCAAUAUAUCCUGAAGGGGAUGCGUGCGGCUAGAAGCAGCUGCAGCAUCCAGAUCGGGACGUACCAAAUCUUAAAAUAGCUUUACGCAUUGAUUUGGGCAUUUGCGCAUGCUCAGUAGGUCAAGAAACAAAAGGGAAGAGUGUCAAGUUUCCAUAUAAAUAAAACUGCUUCAAGAAAUAUUAAAUCAUUGAUUUUAUAGCUAAUCCUUCAUUCUCAGCGCAUGUAAUGCACAUGAUGAUGUAUGUGUGUGGUUGUAUGUAAAGUUGAUGUUGUCUUAUUUAUUUGAUUCAGCAAUAAAUAAUCGAAAAAUACUGAACACAAACAUACUAAACCGGUGUUUCAUGGAUGUUGUAAAGUUGCACGCAUCACCAUUGUGCUCGAAUACAUCUAUACAUAUAGAUGGCAGCACUGGCGCUCAUCACGGGAUGUACCGUUUUCGCAUCCCGAUUGGGCGAUUUGAAGGGCAGUAUGCCCGAUCAAGCUAUCAUCAGUUUUGUUAACCUCCCGUUUGGGCUAUACUCCCAAUCGGGGGAUUUGCACUCCAUUGGGCGAAAAGUCCUGACUGCUAUAAAUGACUUCGUAACAUGGGAGUGUAAACUAGGCUGUGUUGACGAUUUGUCAUCAGAUUGUGAGCAUGUAAAUAUAUUAUGUAGUUCUAUACUCUGUAUAUCCGUACCUUUCUGCUCACCACAAGAGUCAAAGCUUUCCCUCAUCAUCUAAUGUGCUUACUUCAUUUUGAGCAGUUUCAAGACUGUAUCCUUUGUGUGGGAUGAUUGGUGGUGGCCCAUCUCUUUGGGAUGUCAAAUAGCAUAAAUUAUCAUCAUAGAGAAAUUUUCUAUCACAGAAAUUAAUUGAUGUGUCGUUUUAAAAUGGUCUUGCUGCCAACAAAUCUACCACAAAAAUUUACCAGUUUAAGUAGGUGUGUCAAAUGUGAUUGGCACAUCCUUUUUGUACUAACUCAUUAUGAGCUUAUCGUUGAGAGGCCCUGUAUAAUUUAAAAGAAUAGUUGGCUGUUUAGUGUUAAUGAUUUGACAGAUACAAACUGUCCUUCAGUUAGUAGUACUUAAUGUUUAUAUCUAGGUGCUAGAUCUAUAAAAAAAUUCAAAGAUUCCUUUUUAAACAUUUCUUUUUAACCCUUUGGGAAUGGGGUUGCCGUUGGACAAGAGGACUACUGCAACUCCAGGACCGGGUCUCGCUGAUCAGCAAGACAGCCUCCGCAAUUCUAAGGCCGGUUCUCGCCAUUUUGGGAGAUUGAUAUUCAUUAUGACUUCAUUCCACCUACACAAUGCCAGUCCCUGUUUUAGUCUGGACACGGUGGAACAGUUAGCCAAGCGUUCUGCGCUAAACAAUGAUGUGUAACAUGCAUGGGUUAUAACAGAAAGUAUUGGAGAAAACACGUGGUAGAGUGGUGGUUUGAAAUUUCGUUUUCUUGGUAAAACUAUUGAGGCAAACAAUGGCUUAACGAUAUUCUGAUGAAGAUUUAGUAGUGAUAAGUACAUUUAAAUCCAUUUCUGAUAGCUUGGAAGGCUUUCUUUUGAAGAAAAUAGGAGGAAAAACAUUUUGCAGAAAUUACACUUUUUCAUUAAAAAAAGUUUUUUCUGUCGCAAUUUUUUUUGGUAUAUUAGUUUGCAAGAUAUUAUAUGUCACCGGUGUUGACAUCAGUUUGACCUUGACUGUUGGCUGUUGUUCUGUUGAACAUGUGGAAGGCAAAAUUGUACAUUCUGUGUGGCUCCUGACCUAAUUUUCCUGGUUGAGUUACUUCUCAAAAUCUCUCGAAGGCAAGUUUUGAUUUCAAAGUAAUAUCCUUAAGAGAUAUGAUGAAUUUGUGGCAUUGUGACAAAACUCCAGAUCUGUUCCAAUCAGCUGAACGUUGGGCCAAGAUGUUUAUACACCUUUGUUGAUUUUAAUUAUUAAACUUUAUUGUUUCAUUUUAUUGUGCAUUUAUUGUAGAUUUUAGAUUAGGUAACUGGUUUGGCUUUUUAUGUAGAAAAUCUGUAAUCCAUUCCUUACCCAACGUUUUCAUUUUACAGUUCUUAUGAUCAUGUGAAAUAGCUGGUUUUAGGUUAGAUUUUAGUUUUGUGAAAAAUUGCUGACGAUAAUUCUGAUAUCUACUUAGAAAAUCUAUUGAAAUGAAUAAUGUUGACUGAAUUACUGGAGGGCGGAGGUGAGCAAAUGUUUGCUUGCCUAAAGAUUUUUUUCAGCAGACGCCCUAGAUAGAUUGAGAGAACCUGAACGUUGGGUAGUUUUUAGUUGUUAUGAAGAUUGUUCGGGUUGUAAAGCUAUCGGGUCGGAGGAGACUGUGAACUCUGGUUUUUAUUUUUGUUGUCUGAAAAGAUUGUGGUAGAAUCUAUGGUUGUAUAAAUAUGUAAAAAUGAUCGGAAGACCUGUCAAUAUUUCUCUCUAUGUGUGUACAUAGCAAGAUGUACAUAUCAAUUGUAAAUAUGCUGAAUUGUGAAGUCUUAGGUGUUUUAGUUAAGAUAUACAUGUAAGUUGUGGGCACUUGUCUUUUGUGUCAUGAAAGAACAGGAGUACUGAGAGUCCUUGCUGGACUGGCAUUAUCAAUUCCUGUAUUGUGGACAGUUCGUGUCAUCUCACUUUCUUUAAAAAAUUUAACAUUUUCACAAAGGCAUUUGAAAAUAAAAUAAAAAAUGCAUGUUCACUUGAUUCAAUAAUUCUCUAAUGAAACAUGGUAAUUGUAGCCCAUAUCCUGCGCAAGUAACCCUUCAUGUGAACCAUCACUGCUUGUCUUAUGAUGGUAGGAGGUGAAUGAUUUCUUGGCUCCAUCUACCCAGUGGGUGCCUUCAUGGAAAUCCAUCGUCAGAUUUACUGGAUGUCUCAAAAAAAAUAACUGCAGUCAAUUGUUUAAGUGUCAAAAAGGUCUAUUUGAUACACCCUGUAGAUGGGUUACAGCUGUAUAACUUUGCGUAAUUGCAAGUACAGUGGAACCUCACUUAGCGGACACCUCUCUAUGAAGAACAACCUCUUUAUUAAGGACUCUAGUUUCGGCCCCAAAUUGGUUGUUUCCAGUCAAUUUGACCUCUCUAAUCAGGACACCUCUCUUUCAAAGACAGCACUUGUCAGUCCCGAAGGUGUCCUUAAUAGAGAGGUUCGACUGUGUAUAAGUGUUUUAAGCCUUGCUUGAAUCUGGUAAAGGGUAAGGCGAGACUUUUUUUAUUUGUUGGUGCUCGGAUCCGCCGACCUCCCGAUGUCCGAAAUAAGAAAAAAAAUAAAAUUUUUAUAUCUAGCCAGUCUCGGAUCCGCCGAUUCGAACAUUACCGAUUUUACCCAAAAAAAAUAAAUUUUAUUUUAUUUUGAGCUCCGACGCCCGACAGUAACUUAAAAGAUCAAAACUAUUUUUUUCAAAAUCAAAAUUCAACAUGAUUGAAUUAAAAUUAGCUUCGUCGGAUUGAUCAUUCGAAUCGAAAGUGCGAAUGCCAGACCAGCUCUGCCAGACCUAGACUGGUUCUUGUCCUUUCCUAAUGCAUCCACAGUAGAUAUAUGACGAGAACCAGUCUAUUGUUAUGAGUCUGGCUGCUGACUGUUCAAUGUGUGAAAAUGCACUACUUUUUUUAGGAAAAAAAUUUAUUUUUAUCCUUCCCUCCGACUUUGAGAAAUCCUAUCAAUUUUUCGAGACCAUGAAAUCUUUGGAAAAAAACAUUUUUUUUUGUUUUUGUUUUUCGUCCUUCUCAAAAAUAAAUUCCUCCAAAAAUCCGAGCACCAACUAAUAAAAAAAGUCUCGCCUAAUGUAAAAAUCUAGUUGGUUAUAUGCACAUUUUAGAUGCUUUGGCAGUUCUGUAGAAAAGCAUACUCAUUGAACUUUCAUCAAUUUUUUAGAAAUGUUUCCUUUAAUGUCCAUGAUUAAAUGUUAUGUGUUCACCUAUGAAAUAAGUCACACAAUGAACAAGUAGACGUUACGUUGUAAAUGUUGUGCGUUAAUAUGUUUGUAGAACCUGGCAUGUCAGAUUGUUGGAAACGGCCUUUGAUCAGAGAACACAGGUAAAAUUGUAACAUAAGUCGUAGUUCCACCUAUCAUAAAACCCCGUGUUUUUUCAAGACCUGUGUCUUCGCCGUGUGUCAAAAAACUCGCAGCGCACUUACACCUAUCAGUUGUGUUAGAUAAUGAUUAAUAGCCCCGGCGACAGGUGCACUGUAGGUAGGGAGCUCUCCUGUGUUUCUUUCUCGUUGGAGGGGGCGCAAUACCGAGGCAACUACACCGCGCCAUCUGUCGCCGGAUCUUAGAACUUGCAAUUGCCGUGUCUAUUUAGAUUCCACCUAUCAAAAAACCCGUGUUGAACACGGGUCUAAAUUAGCCCCCGACUAGCCCCAUCGAGCUCGAUGGGGCUAAUAGACACGGGGAUUUGACACACGGGUCUAUUUAGACACGGCAAUUCAUAGGUGUAAGCGCAAAAGACACGGGGAUUUGAUAGGUGGAAGUACGACUAUAGACCCCUGGGCCCAGUUGUAAAAAACCAGUUUGUAACUAACUUGGCAUUUAAGUCUAUUGGGCUUAAGGGUUGACCAUGUACCACCAUUUGUGACCCACCACGACAAAAUGAGUCGCAUGUCACACAGAAGAUGAGCCUUAAAUGACACCAGGACAUAAUAGAAGAAAUUGAUAUGCUCCGAUUUUACAAAAGGCAGACAAUGGUGAAAUGAACAACCAGUCUGUCUCAACCUGUCAAGCUCAGAGCGACAUGCGACCUGUUUUGUCAUGGCGGGUCACAUUUGGAUAGAACUUGAAAUUCUAAAGCAAUUAGAACGCCUUCAAAAUGAAGUGAUUGUCAAUAAAAAACCUGGGAGGAUGUUCUCUGGAAAACAAAGAACAGACUCUCACCCUUGAAAAUUGUAUUCGCCAUGUUUUAAAAUAGUACAUUGCUUUAGGAUUUCAAGUUCUAGCUAAAAUGGCAGUGCCUAUGGUCAACCCUUAACUGAAGGACACCAAGUUUAUAGUGCCUCGCCUUGUUUUAACACUGAAGAGUUAUAACUGUCCACCUCGCCCUUGGAAUGACCUUGACCUUGAGGUGGAACAAGGUCAAGGUUGGUUUGUCAGUUUGUAGUCAUAUCUGUCUUUUCUUGCCAGAGAUAGAAAUCGAGCGACAUCACGUCGACAAAAAAACAGAAUGGUAGUGUAUAUUCAAGGUUAGAAAAGGUUAUACCCUAUUUGAACAACCUUGGGGGACAAACUUGAGUGUAUUAUAUUUCAGUAUUGUGCUGGCUAGGAAUUCUGACCAUUUUACCACCAUAGGUUCAUCAGCUUUAAAUUGGAGAACUGGUCGGCUGAAAUGCGACUGUCAAUCAUGAAAUGUUUAACCCCUUGAGGACGGUAUUUUUGCGUCAUUACCUCCUGGACAGGAUUAUUUCAGGUCACGAUACCAUAACAAGUCCACACUCGUUACGCGCAUAACACAUUCCCUUGAUGCUAAGCAGACGAUAGUAGUUGACAUGUGCUGCCAUCUGCGAUAAGCUGAAGUAUUUAAAUAAAGAUUAAUGCAAGUUCGACCGAUCAUCGAACUGGUGAAGUGGAGUAAAUUCAGGUAAACUUAACCAGUCACAUGUGAAGAGAUAACUUAAGCAGCCCCUGGAGACCAGGUUUUUCCUUGCGAGUUCACUUGUCAGCUGUCCUCAAGGGGUUAAAUGAGAACGUAAAGAGCUUGAAGAUGUCAACUCUCGUGCAUUAAUGAUCAGGUGAGACAAGACCACUAAUGAAUAUUCAUAGGUUGGAGGGUCGAGGCCUAUCAAUUAGACAAGUGCAUGUUUUUAACUCUCAAGUACAUAUUUGGAGAGGUUUUGAAAAAAUAUUUGCUGUGGCAAGUCUACAGAUAUAAAGAAAUUAUUUGAUGAAAAAAUUAAUUUCGAAUUUUGCUAAUUGGGUGUUCUGAGUUUUUUCUGCCAGUUGGCUGAAAAGAGUGGAAAUAUCAAAGUCUGUCUAAUUUGUCGAUUAUCAAAAAAUUUCCAUGGCCAACUACCAGUUUAUUUUUCACCAUUUACUUGCCCGACUGUCCGGAAUAACAUAAUCUAAAUUUCAGAUUCACAACCCCAUGCAGUAUUUGAUGCGUCGCGGUCAAACAUUGACAAUUUAACUGCUAAAAGGCUUAAAAAAUCAAUUGUGGUCUUGUCUCAGGUUUCGAUAACAAAUGCGAUAUUUAGUCAGCCAACAGUUAAAAAUCUAAUUUGCCAACUUUUUAGGUUUGCAAAAUUUUCAUGGUUUACAGUAUCUGAUUACUUGAGGUUGUUUGUGGCCAGUCAAAAAUUUGGAGGUGAUUUCAUUGAGAAACCUGCACAACAAAACUUGCCAGUAGGGGGCCCUGCAGGCAAGUGGACCAUGGUUGUAAUGAGAAAGCCAUUUCCUGGGUCAAUGAUUAUUGAAUAUUUCAUCCCUUAAUUACUCUACAUGGGGAAAUAGCACCAAAAAUGUUGUUUUAUUUGUCCUUAUUUCUAUUUUGAUGAGUUUUAGGGAGAAAAUCAACAAAACUUAAUUUUAAUGGAAAAUGCACUGGAAGUGUAAAUUUUAGUACUGGUGCUGCCAUCUGGAUUUUUAGUUCUGCAGGUUCCUCAUUCAACUCUUGCUGUUUGAAAGUAAUUGCUGUAUUUCAACCCUGGGAUUGAUUGCACGUGCACGCCACGCAUUUUGUAACUGCUGGAGCUAUCGACUUGAAACUUGCUACAUAUGUUCCCCGAUAUAAUGACACCUGAAUGACCUAAUUUCAGUGGGAUUUAAUUCCUGAUUUGGCACAAGGUGGCUAAAACCGAAAACACAGAAAGUGCUGUAGAUCUCCCUAACUAAGGGCUCGAUCAUCACCAAAUUUUGAUCAAAGGUAUUGGUAAGAUCUUUUUUUCCAAUGGGACAAUCAUUGGAAAAAGAGAUCUUCACACAAGAGACAGUCACAAGUAGAAGGCUGGGAAAAGAUCACUGUAAUACAACAAUCUGUCCCACCAAUAUUAAAGUCUUGGAGCUGUGGAUUGUCUAAGGUCUCACAAUUGGCAAUGGCUAUUGGCCAUAACAAUACAUGGAAUGUUAGAUAGUUUUUAGUUUUGAACGCCACCUUUCUGUCCGACAUGUACUAAAUAUACUUCGUUAUCUAACACUGGUUGUAUCAUAUCUCGUCUACACAGCUAUUUAAAAUGCCAAAAUAUUAUUUUGUAUGUAUUUUUAAAAUUUUAAGAAAAUCAUUGUAUGCCCAUACAUACAAAUAAAGAACUGUGUAUUACUUA